AUGAAGCAAGACAAAGCAGAUCUUGUGGACGAUGUAGUCGAACAUGGCAACAUCAGCGAAGAUUUUCAAGAGCAAUUGUCAUGGAGUCGACAGCUGACCGAGCUCAAGCAGUCUUACCGUAGUGCACUCGCCUGUUUCGCUUGUGCGUCCGUCGCCAUCGUUAUUGGUUACGACAUGAACCUCAUUGGGUCAAUCAGUGCGGAUAAGGAGUUUGUGAAACAGUUUGGAGUCUUCAAUGAGGAACACCAAGCCUGGACACUUCCGGCAGACCGACAGUUGGCAUGGACUAUCUGCCAGUUCUGUUCUGCCAUUCUGGGCGCUGUGAUCGUGGGGACAGCCAGCGAUCGCUUCGGCCGUCGCAUUUGCGUCUUCAUCAACAUUGCGCUACUGAUCAUCGGUACGGUCGUCGAGCUUGUGGCUCCCAACUGGGGUGUUUGGUCCGUUGCGAAGGUUAUCUUCGGAUUUGCCAUGGGAUUCAUGCAGGGAAACACGCAAACAUACGUGGCUGAGAUUGCUCAUGUUCGGAUUCGUGGUUUCAUGCUGGCUCUAUUCCAGUUCUGGCUCAUAAUUGGGGUGUUUCUAUCCUCGUGUGUUCUGGAGGGCACGUCCAGAAUCUCUGGCACCUGGUCAUGGAAAGCAGCUGUUGUCUCCCAGUUUGGAAUUGGCUUGAUCAGCUUGUCGCUUUUCACAUUCCUAACGCCGGAGUCACCCUACUAUCUCGCAGGAAAGGGUGAGACCGAAAAGGUCAAAAGGGUUCUCUGUAGCCUUCGUGGCAAGGAGCCUGGGUACAUUGUUGAAGCCGAUGUUGAUCUCAUCAUGCGAACCAUCGAGCACGAGAAGUCAACAAGCGGAGCAGAGGUGUCUUUUAUGGACUGCUUCAGAGGGGUGGACUUGGGGCGAACCCUGCUUGCCUGUUUACCCAUGGUCAUGCAACAAUUUUCAGCUGGCCUGGAGGACGCCUUCCUUGUCACAGUGAUUGCGAACGUUCUUUCAAUUUUCGCUGUCCUUCUUUCUUUCUCUCCAGUAGAGAAUAUUGGGCGACGUCCACAAUUACUGCUGGGUCUUUCGGGUAUGAUUCCCUGCUUGCUGGCCAUCACCAUUCUAGGCUGGGUCGGUCGCGGUACCCUAGCCAAUGGGCGGGCGCUGGCGGCCUUUUCUAUCAUUUGGACCAUUCUGUACUACAUUUCCUUGGGAGCUAUCGGGUGGACGCUUGUUGGUGAGAUCUCGUCUGUUCGGUUGAGAGCCAAGACCACAUCGAUUGCAACCAUUACGAAUGCGGUGUGCAACCUGGCAUGGGCGGUGGCCAUUUCUUAUCUCAUCAAUGAGGAAGAGGCCGAUCUCGGCCCCAAGGCGGGAGUUGUGUUCUUGGGCCCUGCUUGUGCUCUAACCGUCAUGGCCUUUUUUGUUGUUCCGGAGACUAAAGGCAAGACUUUUGCUCAACUCGAUCGUUUGUUUGAGCUUCGUACUCCGGCACGCAAGUUCUGA